GUGUUUCUAACUCCGGAAACCAGCGAAGGGAUGCGACCGAACAGCUCAGUUCGUACAACUGCAAAGAAAGCUAAAACAAAUAUGGGUGAAAAACAGCCUUUUCCCAUGUAAAACCGUAAACAGCGCAGUACAAACUGGAAAUACGAACACUUCGCAUAGUCAAGAAAUAGCUAUCAUUAAAACAGCGUUGGUUAUCGCUCGGCGAAAUGGCCUGUCUGCUAGCUCGCCAGCCCAGCGGAAAUUGCGUUUUGUUAACGGCUUGAAAACAGUGCAGACGGCGAGACGGGGCCUUGCUUUGCAAACUACUUUCUUCUGGAUGCUGGACGGGUUGUCGCCUUCCCAGUUUUCUUCUUCCCUUUCAUCAUUCAGAAGCUGCAGUUUGGGAGCCCCUGUUUUGGACGUUCUCCCCAGGCGACUCCUCGCCCUUCCCCGUCCGGAUCUUUUGGAGACCGCGGGGCUGUCAGGCUGAAGGAGGGGAAUGUGAACGAAAGAUGAAAUGCUGUCCCGCGGUUUUUCUACACUCCAUAUUCGCACUGUACGCGGUACAGUCCGGUGCGGUGCGCGCGCACAGCCGCGGUGGCGCUGACGGAGAGCGCGCGGACAGCCCGCGAGGCGCACAGCCACAGAAGAAUUUGGUAACAGUCACUGGAAGGAGUUGCCUUGCCUCACUUCAGUUUCCAUCUCAUCCUCCACCUUCUAUAAGUAAAACACAACAACAAAGGUGACCUGACUGUUUAUUCUUCACCGGUAAAGAAAAUGGACAGCAUCGUUGAACUGGGCCAUGAUCAACCUGCUCUGCAUCUUGCAACUACCUAAACCAAAGAGUCUUGUUUUUGGUAACAGAGCAACAAGGCCAAUAAGAAAAGGCAAAAAAAGUGAAUGGUCUAAGUAGCAACUGAAUACACCUAAAUUUCCAAAGAGAAGAAACUAUCUGAAUAGUGGCUAAAACAGGUUCCAUCAUUUACAACAAGGAAAAACAUAAUAGUCAACAACUGAAAUUGUAUUGCAGAUUCAAAUGACAUUAAAGAACAGGUUACAUACGGUAACCAACAGGCCAGUAGGGUUUUGGGGUAUAUAGCAAAUGCAGAUAAAAUGUCUUCAAGUUCACUAAGACAAAUACUGACAAAGCUAAACAGCACUUAAUCAGCUUGGUUCUGAACAAAUCUUUGCUCUUCUUGGAUUUACACUGAUGAAGCAGUGAUACUAAGAAGUGUUAAGCAGCAGGAGCAUACUGCAAACCUGCUAUAUCAGUGAAAAGCAGUCUGAUUUUAAAAAAGACACCUAUGGUUCUCUGUGCCCACUACUCCUGAAUGGAGAGUGGGGGGAACAACAGAUCACCAUCCAAAGGAGGGGACAGAGGCAGUACUUCAGGAACUGGCAGCAAUAAUAAUAGCAGGAACGAUACCAGAGGGAGUGCAUCAGGAGCAAGCAGUUCCCGAAGUGGUGUGUCAGGUUCAGGUUCUUCUGGUCGUUGCUCAACUGUUAGUGCUCCUGGUAGUAUCAUUGUUGCCACUUCUGGAGCUGGAGGAGUUGUUGCAGCACCCCCAACUGCCAGUGAGUGGGAAAUGUUUCAGUUUGGAAAGUAUCCAAUGGAAAUUUUAGAGAUGCUAAGUGGACACCAGGCCCACCAGUUCAAAGGCCUUGGGUUAGAAAGGCAACUACCACAUCAGCAGCAAGUUCAGCUUCACCAGCACCAGCAACAGCUUCAACAGCAACAGCAGGGUGAAACAUCUGGAGCUCUUCUCUCUGGAAUUGGUCUAGGAUCACUUCAAGGAUCUAGGAGCAACAGUUUUGCAGAUUCUGCUUCUAUUUUUGCCAAAAUGAGUGCUCCACUACCACCUUUACAACAACAGACUCCAUCUACAUCUUCACAAAGUUCACGUAAAUCUAGCAAAAUGGGUGCAAGUAGUGCCAGUGGAAGUGGUGGCUCGAUGACUGGGUACCCACAGUUUUUGCGCUCAUUUCACCCUACAGAAGCAGCUCUAGCCCAGGAGCAGCUACACCCAGGAAUGGGCCGUUUUGAACACUUUGCUGGGGGGAGUGUAGGGGGAGGUGCAGGUGUAAUUGGGGGCGUAGUGACAUCAGCCCCUCCAGCACCACCACCCCCCUUGCACCCUGGGAUCUCUGUUCCCCAAGCAUCACCUGGGCCCUCUUCAUCCUCACCUUCUCCAUCAAGCUCCACUUCCACAUCUAACAACCCUCCUAGCAGCAGUGCUGUAUCCUCACUAGGACAACAGCCAGUUGGAUCACAGUCUGAUGCUCGAAGUCUCCACCAGCAGUUCAGCUGUAUGCUAGCAGCUAAUCAGUACUUUCUUUCUGGAGUGCCAGCCAAUGCUAGUUUGGAGCAGUUUUUGGUUCAACAGGGUACUCACAACCAUCUUAGCUUGGGGCUAGGCCAAGGAAGUGCAGACUCAAAUUCUGCUCUAGCUCCACCCCCAGCACUUCAUCCUUCCCAUACCCAUGCUCAUUCUGCUCCUCAGCAACAACAACAGCAGCAGCUUCCUCCUCAUGCCUUACCUCACCCCCAUUCACACCCUCACUCCCAUCAUCCUCUUCAUCCAGCACCCCAGCCCUCAACUCUUGGCGGCUUUGAUUUUCAAGGGAUUCCAGUCCUCUCUUCUAAUCAGCUAGCCUCUUUGAUGCAGCAGGAAACUGGCUUACCUCUUCCUUUGCCGCUUCAUUUGUCGCUUUCAAAGGAUGAAGGAAAAACAGACGGUGGAACUGGUACAGGAGGAAGUGGAGGAGGAGGGAGGAGAAAGAAAGCUAUGGCUGGUUAUCUACCUCAGAGGAAACCUGAAAGCAGUAAUAACAGUAGUAACUGCCAUACUAGCGGAGACCCCAGCACCAGCAACAGCUCUGGGGGACAUAAUCAUAAUGCAUCCUCAAGCCUUGUUGGGGAGGGAGUAGUUGGUUUAUCAAGUCUUGAAGAUCAUUCCUCCCUUCUUAAUUCUCCACCAUCUUCCUCUUCAAGUGUUUCAUCUACUUCAUCUUCUGCCACUUCUUCAACAUCUGCCUCAGUUUUGGUGACAAAUGGUUCUCAAAUACCCAAAAUUGAAACUUUAGGCCCUGUGGCACCGACUGCAAGUCAGCCUGAACCAGAGCCUUUAUAUCACUGUGGGGAGUGUGGGAAAACAUUUACUCAUCUUUCGAGUCUCCGAAGGCAUUUACGCAGUCAUGGAUUGGCCACCGGAGGUGGUAUCAACAGUAACAGUGCAAAUAACUCUAAUCCAAGUCAUAGCCAUCAGCGCCAACCUGAAUCUAGCCUCCCCCACUCAACUCAGGAUGUGAUUUCUCAAUCCAAUCCACAUCACCAGCAGCGUCAACAGCAAGUCCCUCUAAAUCUUCAACAGUCAAACUCCGCUCCUACAUCGUCAUCUUUGUGCCCUAGCCCUGAAAAGACUCACUGUUGCCCUGAUUGUGGAAAGAGGUUUAAGAAAAGAGGGCAUCUUCUUCAGCAUGGGGUGAUUCAUUCUGGAGAACGACCUUUUUCGUGCACUAUUUGUCAGCGUUCUUUCAACCGCCGUGAAUCACUCACUCGUCAUGAGAAAAUUCAUGAAGAUAAGCCUUUCCGCUGCCCAGCUUGUGGCCGCUGUUUUCGUGAGAGCACCUCUCUGCUUAACCAUGCAGCCUCGGGCACAUGUGGCAGGCCAGGUAGGGGAUCAAGAUCCAGGGGAAGUAAUAGUGGUACCAGCAGUUCCCUAGCUGUUGGGGGAUCUGAGUCUUUUCAGCUGAAAACCAGUAAGACUGGAGCUGUGGGUGGAGCAGGAAUAAUAGCUGGAGGAAGUGAGGUGGGUGAGUACCAAGGGGGACAACUUGCAAGUGAAGGGGUAAUCUAUGGGAAAGCUGAGGAAGAAGUGGGGGAAGAAAGGAGAGUAGUAGAAUGUAUGAUGGGGGUAAAUGAAGAAGAGAAGGCUGGGUUACCUUGUGGAGGCUUAUUUCAGCAGGAAAGAGGUGGGGAUACAAACAGUGGAAGUAAAGGAGAUACAAAAUAUGGUCCCGAUUUUCCGAGGAGUCGCUACCAAGUACCUUAUCGGAGUGAGGAGUAUCGUGGGGAUUACAAGCAACACCGUUCGCAAGCAAAUUCUUCUUGUUAUCCUGGAGAGUCUUCCUGUGGUAAUGUGAUGCCGGGGCCAGCGCUCAGGAAAGCACCACUAGCUCCAACUCUGCACCCACACCCUCAGAAUCAAACCCAACAGCAGCAACACCAACAACCACCUCAUCUGCCACUCUCUUCUCUUUUAGAUGACUCUGAAGAUGAUGUUAGUAGUUCUGUAAGCAAUGCCAUGUCUGCUAUUGCUGCAGCUGCUGUAGCAUCUUGUAUACCUAAUGACCAUAGCAGUGUGGGAGUGCGAGAAGAACGUCGAGAUAUAAUUGGUGGCUUACUGGGUGGACUUGGCUUUGGACCUCUGGGUGUCUCACCAGGGGGUCCAUCAUCCUUAUCUGGAAUAGAUAAGGCCUACAGAGGAAGUGGAAAUGAGGAGUGCAUGGGCAACACUAUGCUGAGCUUAACAGCGCAAAGCCAACAGCAGCUUCCCCAUCAACAGACACGUAAUGCCAAACCUAAAAGGCCUCGGAAACCACGUGCAAAGAAAGAACCUGUUCCUGGUGAUGGAGCAGGUGGUGAAGGGACUAAACGUAAACGGCACACUCAGAGUGGAGGAGGGACUAGAGGAGAAGGUAAAGAACGCCCUUAUCUUUGUAGCGUUUGUGGUCGUGGCUUUAGUCGACGAGAGACCCUUCGGCGCCAUGACCGCAUCCAUACCGGAGAGAAACCGCACCACUGCUCUGUGUGCGGAAAAAAUUUCCGGGAAGCCUUUCACCUCAGUAAGCACCACACAGUUCAUUCUGGUGAGAAAAACUAUAAAUGUGACAUUUGUGGGAAGGAUUUUGGUUAUGCACAAAGCUUGAAAAGACAUGGAAAACUACACCAGAAAGACUUUGGAGAUGAAGCUGCAACAGCAGGAGUAACAAACAAUAACAGUGCUGCUUCAGCAUCAGGAGGGGGCAACAGCCAAGACUGUAAUCAAGGAAAUUCUGAUUCAUAUUAUUCUUAUUCUCAGGAUAAGGCCCAAGGGUCUAGCACCCAACCCCCUCCCAGACUCUACACUUGUGCUGUUUGUUGGAAAUCUUUCCGACAUCACUUUCACUUGACAGCACAUCAUCAAGCUGUUCAUGGAAGCGGGGAAAAACUGUUCUCCUGUGAAGUAUGUGGAAAGGCUUUUGCAUAUGCCAACAGUUUAACAAGGCACAGGCUCUCUCAACAUGGCCUGACUCGAACAGGUCAGGUUAACCCAGCAGCAGGUGCAUCUGGAUCAAGAACAAGUGCAAAUCGCACAGUUUCUGAGAGUGAAAUAGCCACAAAUACCCUCCUUCAACUUGUGCCUGCUUCUGGAACCCAUGGAGUACACCAUACCCAUAUGGGUAUCCCACAUCCACAACAUCUUCCUCCUCAGUCUACAUCUAGCCUGUCACCUUUGUUCUACCUUCCCGAAACAGUGGCUUCUACAACAAAUUCACCAUCACAUUCCCACAUUCUUCAGAAUCAUUGCCCUGUAAGCCACAACCAUCAACACCCUGCUACUGCAAAGGGAGAGCCCCUCUAUCAAUCUGCUUCAGCUAGUCUUGUCAGUACCACUCCCUCCCUUUUCCUUCCAAGCUCCCAGCCACAACACCAUCCACAGCAACUUGCGAUUGAUGUGAAAUCUUUGACUAUGAAUCGGCAGUGUCACAGUUCCCUAGAAAUGGCAAGGAAGCACAAAACAAAAAAAAGAAAACGCAAGCAAGGAAGUCAGUACUUGAGUUUAACAAGGGAUGAGAAUAAAUUAAGAGAUCCUGGUAGAUUUAUGGCUGCAGGAGGGAGAUUUCAAAAUGAGAACGGUAAACGACGUAAAGGAAGAAGAAAUCACCAACGGGCACUUAAGAAGAAGCUUGCACAGCUUCUUAAGGCAAAAGGAGAAGGAAAAUUUUGGCGAGCAGGAGGACUGUCUUUAGGAUAUCUGCCAUCUUCAGCAGUUGCUCAGAGGCGCUUCCCCUGUCCUUACUGUCCCUCGGCCACAUUUUCUCGACAGUCUGCAUUGUUGGUCCAUUGUGCAGCGAGACAUUCCCCAAAAACAGUGUCUCACCAUAUGCGUCGAGAGUGCUCUGUAUGUGGAAAACGCUCCCGUAAGUUAUAUGGUGCACUUUGUCAUCGAGGAUUUCACCUUGCUCAAGGGACUUUCUCGUGUUCCCGAUGUCUUUCUUGUUUCUGGAAUGAAGCGCUUCUAAAGAGGCACAACUUUGCUUGUCGAGGUGUUGGAAAAGAAGGUGGCUGUGGUGAUUUGAAAAUGCUGUCAUUAAUCGAGACGUCGGAAAAGAAGGGAGAAGAGGGGCUGAAUAACCAAACCACAGUGCUAACAGACUCCAGACUAUAAUUAUUUUUGUAAAAUAUUCAGUGACUUGAGUAGAGAAUGACUAAGUUCUUGAAAAAGAUAGAAACGGCAAAGUGGGAUAAUUUGGGCUGACUUGAUCCCCUACUCUUCUGUGCUCAAAAUUACAGAAAGACGUUUUAAGGAUAAUUUGUAUCUUUAUGAAGUGACAUUGUAAAAAAAGACUUCAAAAGAAGCACAACUAUACAUGGAUCUACAACAUCUAAAGUGUUUUACAGCGGACUUCAGUUUCUUAAACUUACAAGCAAUGUCAAUAUUUUGUUUGUAUUUUUGACAAAGUGUAUGGUUAAUGAUAGAUUUGUAUAGAUUAGUAAAAUACUAUCCUAAUAUGCUAAUUUUUUUCAGUUAUGUCUUUCCUGUUAUUCAGAAUUCACCAUAUUGUCUCGUCUCUGCUGUGUACUGUGUGGAGUUAAAAGUUCCCCGUGGUUUUGUAGCUGAAUUUUAUUUUAUUUAUUUUUUUUUUCUUUUUUGCAGAAGUUUGGUUUGAGCAGUCAGUGUUGGUACCUGUUGCAUAUCUUUUGAAGGUGUUAGCCAGAUUGUCACUAAGGUUGGGUUUUUUUUUUUUUAAAUAUUAAAUACCCCCCAAACUGAAUUGAGUAACUUUGUAAUGGGGAGUGUCAUUUGAACCUUUAUCUUGCACCAAACCUGUUAUAUUUUAUAUUUUAGUAAACACAUUGUGAAUGAGUAAUGUAAAACUAAAACUGAAAAUGUAUUUAGCCAGAUUGACCUGGAGUGAGAGAACUCCCCCCCUACAUACUUUAUUUACUUAUGAUUAACCAGCUGGCUAAAAGUAAUGGGUGUUUUUUAUUGUGUUGGACUGAUGCCAUGACAGAAUGAGACAGAGAAGCAAAAAUGGGAACAUGUUGGUUUUAGUGUACGAUUUAUAUUGUUUUUAUUACUACACUGUUUUAUGCUGCAUAUAAUUGUAAGUAUAAUUGUUCAUCAUUCUUAUGGCUCUUUGGCAAUGUGUUUUGGAUGGGGGGGAUCUUGAUGUCUGAAAGGCAAUUAAAUGUAACAAUGUGAUUUUUUUCUCCUUUUUCACCUCUUAGCCUGCAAUGUAGACCUGUAUCCUUAUAUAUAUACACACUGCUACUUUUACAGACAUGAAACCAUGUUCAUACUUGUUUUCCAAGGUUUUCAAUAAAUAUAUAAUGUAUUACAGUUCUAAAUAGGUAUGUUUGAGGAAAUAGUAUUUUUACCUUAACUGUUUUUAAGUUUUAUAUCUUUUUGUCAGCCACUGAAUUAACCUUUUAUUAAAUAUAUAAAUUUUAUUCAACAGCAAUGAGUGAGAUGAUGAAAACCAGGUGUUCAGCAGCUGAUGCCUUAGUGCCCUCUGUGCAUUCUGCAGGGCUUUGUUUACUGCUCACAUUGUGGCAGAUACCUAGUACCAUGCUGCACUCCUUCACAAACAAUACAGAUGCCUGAAGGAGUGUGGAUCCUUGGUAUCAGAACCAAAGAACUCUAUCCUGCAAAUGUGUGUAGGUACAUACAUGUGUAAGUAACCCUGGUGAUAUAAGCUUUCUGUAUGGGUACACCUUGAUGUGCUAUUUUUUCUUUGCAAAAGAACAUUUCUGAAGUAUAAUCAAUUUGUAAGAAAUUUUAUUUUAGUCAUUUUGUAUUUACACUUUCAUUUUUUUUUUUCUUCUCCAUCCCAUCAGUAACAGUAACUGUUUACCCUGGUGGUGUCGCCCCAGAGCUACUGCAAAUUUCAUCUGCAAAUGCAUUAGGUCACCACAAGGUGGGAGUGGAAGACCAGCAGAUGAGAAAUCAGUGUAGUUGGUGACAUUUAUUUCAGCAGGUUUUGUGUAUAACAGGUAUAAGUUUGGUAAAAUAUCCUGCAUUUGGGAUACUUUUUAUGGCAGUUGCACCCACAUUUAUAUGAUAGGUACUGCUAACAAACCUGCAUGAGGAUUCCAAAUCGUCUUCAGCUUAGUCUUUCCAUGUU